GGAAUACUUUCUUUGUCUCCGUUUUUUCGGUGUAUGUGCGACAAAACGCAGUCUUCGAACUGUCCUCCGCACGUUUCCCAGUCCGACGAUGCUUUCGACAGUGCGAGCAGAGUGGGAUUUGAUCCUGCGCAAGCGAGUGUGACUUCGGUGGUUGAAAUCCUUCAGUCGCAGCUGUCCAGGCGUGAAGGCGAAGUGUUGCAGCUGCAAAGGGAAGUGGAAUAUGUCAUUGACUCUAAUAACCACAUGGCUGAACCAGCCUCCAAAACUAGCAAUAUAAAAACCCCUGCAAAUCUCUCCCAAAGAUCCAUUGUCAUCAUCAGCAUCAUUAGUAUCAGCUGUGCUGCAGCAGGCGACAUGAACAGCCUGCGAUCCGCGGCAUCGCAGUUCUUGUCGGGGAUCGCAGUCGGAGGCGCCUUCUUGACGGGUUGCGCCGUUUCCUUCCUGGCCAUCGACGCCAUCCUGACGGCGGCAUUCCCGAAUGGCCGCUUCCACGUUCACCCCGCGGCGGUUCUCGACCGCAUCAGGAGGACCACCGGAUCCAUCGUCAUCAUCAGCGUCAUCAUUAGUAUCAGCUGUGCUGCAGCAGGCGACAUGAACAGCCUGCGAUCCGCGGCAUCGCAGUUCUUGUCGGGGAUCGCAGUCGGAGGCGCCUUCUUGACGGGUUGCGCCGUUUCCUUCCUGGCCAUCGACGCCAUCCUGACGGCGGCAUUCCCGAAUGGCCGCUUCCACGUUCACCCCGCGGCGGUUCUCGACCGCAUCAGGAGGUACAGUAUAUACAUCAGCACUUGUGUAUUGUUCUGCUUGAGGAAAAAGCCAGGAUUAGAGCGAGACCGAGGAGAUCGUCGGGCAUCAGCAGUUGUCGUAGCAGCAGCAACAAGAGGUCAUCCUCAUCAGCGACGGGACGGGUCAUCAGAUCGAGUCCCGAUGGACCUGUCGGACCCGGUCGUGAGAGCCGUGGUGGAGGAGGUCAUCGACCAGGUCGUGGCGCAGAUCGAAGAAGCGCUAGUCUGGGCCACCACUUGA